AUGAACUUUUGAGUAAUGUUCUGAGGGCAGGGGGUUUUGGAAGAAUGAUAAAGCAAUGUCAUAAUUUUGAUGAAAUCAAUUAAAGAGAAGAGAAAUAUUGCAUUUGAGUAAAUGUAUCAUCUCUGCUGAAUUAAAGAAAAGAAAAGAAAGAAAUAUAGCUAUUAAAAACGAAUGUCUUUUCUCAUGUAUCAGGACUUUUGACUCUGUCCUGCGAGUGGCGCCAUAAAGCACAGCGACAAUACAAGUUAUGAAACUUUUUUCCUCAACUAAUUGUACAAAUGAAUGCAUUAUUAUAUACCAGUCAGUUGAACAGCAAAAGCCUGAAGGCUGCAUUCAUAACCAUAUACCGUGCGGCCCUGUUUUAGUCUGUCCUCGGUUUUCUAAUGAGAAACGUGUGCCAAAUGAGUUCAGCUCAGCACAAACAGAGUGGCUUCACAAACCUGCAUCGACUCCACUGUCACAGUCAGUCUGCUAGGGCCAGUUUGGAGGCUGAAUGAGAGGAAAGAGUGAAAAAAGUGCUCGAGAACCACCACAGAUUCAGCUCCUUGGUUUUAAGGCUUUGCUGCUUUGAGGUGAGAUGUCAAGCAACUAUAUCAUCCAACUCGCUCAAAUAAUCUAUACUAAUUUGAUCUAAAAUUCAUCUAUACACACAAUCUAAGAUUCAUUAUAUCAAGUACCUUCACAUGAUUCGUUUGCAACAAACAAACUGUAAUAUAUUUUUUGAUACGGUUGUGUGAUGACAAUGGGAUCCGUCACUGAAGAAAAGCAGAAAGAGUGUCAGCUGACCUCAGCUCAACUGUUAUCCGGAGAAAAUGUGCAUCAGUUUACACCAGAGACCAGAAGACCCGACAGAACAUCAAGCUUCUGCAGCAAGGCAUUUUCAGAGUCGGAUCCCUUACUUCCCAAUGAGUUUUACAGGACAGCAUUGGCCUCUGGGACUAUAUCUCAAAUUCAUGGCCAGGAGAUGCCGAGCGAGUCAGUCCGGGCCAUGGUGGUGCAGAUCUUGUUUCCGUUCCUCCUGGCUGGUUUUGGGACGGUUCUGGCAGGGAUGUUGCUGGAUGUAGUGCAGCAUUGGGACGUUUUCCGUAAUGUGACUGAGAUCUUCAUCCUUGUCCCACCUCUACUGGGUCUGAAGGGGAACCUGGAGAUGACACUGGCAUCAAGACUCUCCACCGCUGUGAAUGUUGGCAGAAUGAACUCUUCAAGCGAGAGGUGGAACCUGAUCAUUGGAAAUCUCGCCCUCAAACAGGUACAAGCUACAGUUUUGGGUUUCCUGGCUGCUCUGGUAGCCUCAGCUCUUGGAUGGAUCCUGGAGGAGGAACUCAUCAUGAACCACGUAGCUCUGCUUUGCUGUUGCAGCGUCGUGACAGCUUUCACAUCAUCCCUCCUUCAGGGCAUCGUAAUGGUUGGUGUGAUUGUUGGAUCCAAGAAGGUGGGCGUGAACCCUGACAACAUAGCCACGCCCAUCGCUGCCAGUUUAGGUGACAUCAUCACACUUGGACUGCUCGCCGUCAUCAGUCAAGGCUUCUUUUACUGCAUGGAGCCUUACCCUUAUAUUACCUACCUGGUGUGUGUUGUUUUCUUGUGUCUGACGCCGAUGUGGGUAAUUCUAUCAUUUCGGCACACUGAAAGCCAAAAACUGUUGCUUUCCAGCUGGGAACCAAUAAUAACUUCAAUGGUGAUCAGCAGCCUUGGAGGACUGAUUCUGGACCGUACCAUUGCAAAUCCAAAGCUGGAAGGAGUUGUUCUCUACAGUCCUGUUAUAAAUGGUGUUGGUGGUAAUCUGGUUUCCAUCCAGGCUAGUCGUAUAGCCACGUAUCUUCAUUUUCACUGUCCACUGGGUGAACUUCCAGACAAUGCUAAAGGAUAUUACUGCCCCUGCCGCAGCUUUUGCUCCACAGGGCCGAAUGGAAGAUCAGCGCAGGUGCUGCUCACGCUGGCCAUCCCGGGUCACCUGGUCUUCAUCUACAGCAUUUACCUAAUACAAGGCAGCCCGGAUCCACCCACUGCAGCCUUCGUUUUCUUCUAUUUGGGGGCUGCUUUCACACAGGUGUUUCUUCUGCUGAGCAUCGCUGAUGUUAUGGUUCACUGCUUAUGGAAGUGCGGCAGAGAUCCUGAUAGCUUCUCCAUCCCGUAUCUGACAGCUCUGGGGGAUCUUUUGGGCACUGGCUUUCUGACGCUGUGUUUUCUUCUUAUGUCACUGGUGACAUAGCCUAAACAUUAAAAUUACAUUGUCCGAUUUCAUUAAACAGAUUAGAUCUGAUCUG